AUGCGAGGCUGCAGACGCAGCCCAGGAUGUGGCCAAGGCAGUGUCUCCCUGAAACAAGAAGAGGAGCAACGGUGGAAGGAAGAGUGGAUCUCCGUGGCGCAGGUGGAGCCCUGGAAACCUUCAUGGGAGCGGGGGAAGUCUGACGAGCCUUCAGAGCCUGCGGGCGGGCGCACUGCCGUCAGUUGCGCCGAAAUCGCCGCAUCGCAGCAGCCUUCUCUGCGAAGGAGCAUGCCUCAUAGUCAUAAGCCGCGGCACGAUCAGUUCCGCGCCGGUGGCAGGCACAAGUCAAAUACCCAGCGACGAAUAUGGAGACCAAAGUUUUCUCCCAAGCAAAGUCUAGCACAGACGGAUGCCAUCAAACCGCUGUCAGAUGUUGAUGCAGCAUCUGAAACGAACACGGCGGCAACGACUUCCUUGCAUACAGAGGCCAUCUGCCACGAGACGUUCAGCCAAGAUGGCGAUGUCCAAAGUGAGCAGUGUUGCUCAGAGACUCCAGAUGAUGUCAGCUGCGCUAGAAGACCUUCAUGUGACGAUUGUGUUGGUCAGAUAUUGACGUUGUUGCGGAAUGAAUCAGCGAAGUUGCUCCCUUUGAGGGAGGAGCUCUUCAGCAGAGUCAGGGACGCAGCCGCAGCUGCUUUGCCGAGUUUCGAGCGCAUGGCGCUGGUAGGCAGUGUGGCCUUGACAAUCGAUGUACCCAGCUCUGAUGUCGAUGCAGUUGUGUUUACCCAACAUCCCGUCGACGUCAUCCAAGCCCUCAAUGACAUGGGCGCCGUGCUAAGGCAGAAGGAGCCCCAUCUUCGCGUGCAGGUCAUUGACCGCGCUCGGGUGCCGAUUAUUAUGGUUUCGACCGGCGACGGGAUGGCUUCUCUCGACUUAUCCGUGAAUCGGAAGCUGCCGGACGAGCACGUCUCCUGGUUCCAGAGCUUGCAUAUCUUUCAGGAGGAGCAAGACUUUGUUGUGGAUUAUCUGAGAUGUGUAAAAUACUGGCACUCACGGCGCCAGAUACCCGGCACGAAAGAGGGUGGCUACCCCAUUCUGGCUUGGAUACUUUUUGCAGUCCAAAGGCUGCAAGCCUUCCUCGCUCAAGAAGAGCUAAUUGCAAGCCAUUGUGGGCGGCUCUUAGCAGCCUUGGAUCACUUUUUUCAGUCCUUGGUCUGGCCAGCUGACACCCAUGUCAGCAUGUGUGGUUCUUCGGGAGAGUACAUGGGCUCUCGGAUUUGGCCGUUCCCGUGCAUCUUGGACCCUGUGGCUCCGGAUGUAGGCAGUGCAAACUUGAUCCACGAGAUCCCUCUCGCAACGGAGAUCCUGUAUGCGGACGAGUUCCUCAGAGCAAGAGACCUUGUGGAUAAAGCAACCUCUGGUGAUGGCAACGCUUUCCACCGCCUCUUUGAACGCGAGUCCUCCACAUUGCUCCAAACUUCUCCAUUUUCAGGCGACACACGCAAGGGAAGUGGAGCUUACGGCUGCGCAGCCUUCGUAUUGAAGAGACGGAAGAUAUGGCUCGUGGAGGUUUUGUCUGUUUCCAAGAUGCGAGAGAAGUGGACCGCUCCCUUUCUACAUCGUUGCGAUUCCCAGACGGAGCUUCAGGGAUGUCUGCUCAGCGUUGACAGUACCGGAGCGGUGCAGCGCUUCCCGGAACUGCGGCAACGGCUCGCUUUCUCUCCGAGGGACUUCGUGGCCUGUGCACAGCUUGACUGCAUAUCUCCGCAGGCGCUAUCUGUGUGCCUGACGAAAGGGGACUUGCGACGCUGGCAGGACCUGCAGAAGCUGCAGCAUUUGAUCCAGUAG